UGCGCGCGCGCGCCCCCGCCUCUCCUACUCGCAAAGGAUGCCGGGUACUGAGGUUUGAAGUCUCUGGCGGGAGAUAGUGAGCGGUAAUCGCCGUGUUCAGUGUUUGUGUGCUCGGACCGAUCUCUUCCCGCCAUGGCUGCCCGGACACACCGCAAGAGGAAGUACAGCUUCACCACUGGAGACGGAAGUUGUUCGUCAUUUGGGACCCCUAUCAAGAAGUUGAUAGUGGACUGCAGCGUCGUCCUAACACCCCUCCAACCCAGGAACUCCAAUAAGAGCCACGUCGUAAAACGUGUGCCCACGCCGGCCUACACCACUAUGGAAGACCCCAAGGAGAAGGAGAAUUUUGAGGCGUCUCCUGUCAAGUCCAGCGUGGCCAGGAAGCUUCUUGUCUCUCCUCCAGCAGAGGACGAUAUGGAGAAUGAUGCCUACGCCUUUCCACCGCUGAAGUCGCCCACCUCUGCACAGAAGGCCAUGGUGCCGACCAAGUCUUUUUAUAAGAAAGGUGCUUUGUACGUUGGCCUGUUGGAGAGAAAACUGAUCAAGGAAACCAAGUCUAAUGGUGGUGUGAUCCCCUCGCCUUCGGCCAGCAACAAAAUAAAGAGUCCCAAGGCGAAAGAUUCUUUGAAAUUAAAAAAAAACAAAAGGCCACCAAGUCAGAAAAAGAGGGCUCCUAGUCGAGAGGUACCAUCCCCCAAAACGGUGAAGAAAGUGGAGGGAAAGGAGACCACCGCACCAGUGGCCACAGAAAUCCAUGCCCCCAGUCCCCAAAAGAGCGCCAUCUUGGGGUUAAAAGUGAAACAGAGGCCCAAACUCACAAUGGGAGCAGCAUUUUUUGCUACCAGUAAACGGCCCUAUUCAUCACGGAAACUUCCCGCUCACAUCAAGUUCCCUUUGUCUUCCAAGCCAAAACCCUCACAGCAGAGCAGCACUCAAAGUACAGGUCCACUUCCCAGUUCUGAUGAGAAGGUGAAGAAGAGCGCUGGUCUGGAGAGUAUGUCAAGGGAAAAGAAGAGCGCUGAAAUCGUCAAAACUAGUGACCUGAAGGAUGGGAAACCAAAAAGUGGAGGAAUCCGGGUUCCUCAACAACCAAAAGUCACAAAACCACCCCAACCUUCCAGGCAGGAUGAUACGGAGGCACAGGAAGCUGAAAGUCAUCUCCACAGUAUGUUUGAUGUGGACGACUCAAUCCUGAAAUCAUCAGACAAGAAAGUUUUAGGAUCCUCCAUUUAUCCCAUCUUCAGUACACCGUCUGCCGCAAAGAAAAGGCCGUUUGACUUGCGGGCAGAGAUGGCGUCCCCUGUUUGUGCCAGCACCCCUGUAGGGACCCUGGCACACUUAAACAAAAUCCCCAAAUCCAGCAAGAAGAGAGACUCCAGCAAGGCAGAGGAGGACCAGCUGAUUAUUGACGCCGGGCAGAAGCAUUUUGGUACUGUGGUGUGCAGCACCUGCGGUAUGAUCUAUUCAGCAGCCAGCCUGGAGGACGAGACUCAGCAUGCACAGUAUCACCAACGUCUACUGGAAAGCAUCCACUAUGUGGGCUGGAAGAAGGAGCGGGUUGUGGCGGAAUUCUGGGAUGGAAAAAUUCUGAUGAUUUGCCCGGAUGAUCCGAAAUACGCCCUCAGAAAGGCGGAAGAAGUGCGGGAGCUGGUGGACUCGGAGCUCGGCUUCCAGCAGACAAAUCUGAUUUUCCCAAGCAAAGCCAGGACCUAUCUGUUUGUGUCCAAUGACAAGACGAUUGUUGGGUGUCUGAUCGCAGAGCCAAUCAAACAGGCAUUUCGAGUCCUGCCCGAGCCCGUCCCGGAGGUGAAGUCUGCCCACGAUGACGCUUUGGAGCGACACAGAGCUUGGCGAUGUUCUUCUGACCCAGAGCCGGCCAUCUGUGGGAUCAGUAGAAUCUGGGUCUUUGCACUGAUGCGCAGAAAGGCCAUCGCCAGCCGCCUAGUGGAUUCAAUGAGGAGCUCCUUCAUCUUUGGCUCUCACCUGACAAUGGAGGAAAUCGCCUUCUCAGAUCCAACGCCGGACGGCAAGCUCUUCGCCAGCACCUACUGCAAAGUCCCCGACUUCCUGGUCUACAACUUCCUGAGUUAGAGAGUUUUUUUUAGUUUGUUUGAGUUUGUAUAUUUUUAUUACUGGAGAGAGAAGUUAUUGCAGAAUGACUUGGUUGCACUUUGCCUGUUUUUAGAGGUUUUAUUUGCUGCUAAAGGGGAAUUUCCUCGUGUUGGUUUGAUAAUGUUGUGAUUGAGAGAGGAAGUUGAAUCUGGUUUUAUAGAGUGUGAAUUGUAAAAAAUAUUCCUUUUGUACAUACAUUGGAUCUGUGCCUUGCUGAAAGCGAUGGCACAUCCAGUUAUAAGUUAAAGUUGUAUUAAAACCUCCGCUUUUAUUUCAUCUUCCCCUCUAAGUCCAUUUUAAUCGUGUUUUUUUUGUUUUUGUUUUUUUUGUUCAAAAAUCUUUUAAACCUAUUGCCACCCACGUAACAAAAGGGGCGAGCUGUAAUGUCCACAUGUAUGCAGCACCGGGUGGCCCUGGUUCUGUACGGAGAACUUGCGGUCAGAAAUGGGCCAAGCUGUCAAACAGUUUUCAGCCCCCACUAACAAUUUGCGGGACCGGAUCCCAAUCAUAGUGACCACUCUGACAGCCAAUCGUAGUGGUUGCAUGAUCGCCGAUCCUUCCUGACCAGCUGAGCAUUCAGAACUUUGUGUCAAAAGGUUGGGUACUAAAGGGACAUUGGGGCAGGUGGGAAGGGGUUACAAGUUGGCUGCCAUUGUGUUCACUCUCUGGCUGCAUCCCCAUGUAGGGAGGUUAUUGUGAAAAUCGCACGUAAGAGCUGAUUACAGCAGCACAGCUGUCGGUCCAGGAGCUGGUGGGCAAAGCAGCACAGCUGUCGGUCCAGGAGCUGGUGGGCAAAGCAGCACAGCUGUCGGUCCAGGAGCUGGUGGGCAAAGCAGCACAGCUGUCGGUGCUUCCUGUACCAGGUGUAGUCCCCGAAGUGUGCACAUGGGGGGGGGGGGCAGCUAUGCUGGAGCUCUAGAGACCCUGCAAUUCAGCCUUUUAGAUGCAAUUGUUCAUAGGAAGAACUUAUAGAUCCUCGAUUUAAUAGUUCAUGGGUUUUGAUAAAGAUUGUGUUAAAAAUUGCCUCAGAUUGGUAUUUGUAAUGACAGUUUGGGUAAAGAUGGAAACAAGUUGUUCCUGGCCCGGAAUCCAUUCUGGGCAUCUUGCUGCCUGAUAUAGGUACACUCGUCUUUUGGUGGUAUGUGUGAUACUCCGAGGAGGAAGGUUGAGGGAGGUAGACACUGAUUAUGAAGUGUUUAAUGCAGGGCUUCUAGAAGCCAGGUUGUGAAUGGCGAUAUGUAACUUGUGUCGCAAUCAACGUAGAUGCCCAAACUCCUGCAUUUGUUUGCAUGUGGUGGGCACUCAAUCUUAUUUUUGGGGUGGGGGGGAGUCUAUGUGCUUGAAUGUAACUUGCAUUUUUUUUUACACUUUUUUUUUUUUUUGGAGACUGGUUCUCUUUAAUGAGACCUGCAGUGUCUAAAAGACCCCCCAAUGUUUCCCCUGUGCUCCACUUAAUGUAAUUGAGUGCAGAUCACACUGCGGUAUAUUGUUUGCCGGCCAUGCUGGCUAGGGAAGCUGUUGAAGGAACAAGAUGAGGAGAGUGGACAUGUGUCUGCUCGAUCGCCUUCCCAUUUACUGGGCGGCACCUGCUAGACCAGUCCCAGGCCCGCAGAUGGGCAAGUGGAGCCCGGGAUACAUGGCAGGGGGAAGGCAUUUUUCCCCGCGUGUGAGGAAGCAAUUGGGUAGCAGCAGAGCUCUGUUGCUUACUCACAGCAGGGCUAAAUGUAAAAAAA